GACGACACCGAGGCGCAGAAGCAAAUCCAGCAAAUGGUAAAUUUCAUCCUUAACGAAGCCAAGGACAAGGCACACGAAAUCGAGGCGAAGGCAUUGGAAGACUUCAACAUAGAAAAAUUACGCAUUGUUCAAAAAAUGAAAGAAAAAAUUCGUUUGGAAUUCCAAAAAAAGUCAAAACAGAUGGAGAUUAAAAGGUCGAUCAGUCGAUCCUCUGCUAUCAAUAAAGCUCGUUUAAAAAAAAUGUGUGCAAAGGAUCAAGUAUUUAAGGAAAUAUAUAAAAUAAGUAGCGAACGACUUGGAGAGUUAUACAAGGAUAGAGACAAAUACAGAAACUUGAUCAUAGAUCUGAUUGUCCAAUCCCUGUUUUACAUGCAGGAACCUCAUGUCAUUGUCCGAUGUAGGGAUGUGGAUAAGUCCAUCGUGGAGAACUGCCUCAAUGAUGCCAUACAAAAAUAUAACGACAAAUUGAAGAAGCAGUUUAAUGUUACCAAAAGUGUUAAAAUUGAAAUCGACAAAAGUGGCAACUACUUGCCUCCCCCUCCGUCUAGUGAUAAUGAGGGGAACUCCUGUCUUGGAGGAAUAAUCCUUACCACUCCUAACAGGAAAAUAAAUUGCGAUAACACUUUGGAUGUUCGCCUGAAGCUAGCCAUUGAGUACUGCACGCCGGAAAUUAAACGCAUGUUUUUUGAGACUCUUUGA